AUGUUUAGCGCGUUUGCGAGUUUGGUUCCACAAACAACUCCCAUAAAACCACCGGAGAAUGUGCCACCACCCACACCUCUGAGUUUACCGCAAUGCAACCCCCGGCUGCCUCAGUCUGCCGAGUCUUCUGGUAAACGGCCGUGUGCCUCACUUGUGCGCUUUUUACAGACUCUCCAUCGUCCAACAGAGGUGAACGAAUCACACUUUGCUGCCCUUGGGGUUCAUGUACACGUCGACGCUGCCGCUGAAGACGUUGUCCCAGACCCAUCCUUCAUACCCUCUGCUUCUGGAUGGGAUGGUAUUGACCUGGAUGAGGCAAGGCGCAGAGACCCUACUUUUCGGCGGCCCUUGUCUAAUGGGAGGUUAUCGCCAGAGGCUCGUAGCUACGCAGAGAGGCGCGAUGAGCUUUCAGUUGCAAAUCAAACCGCCUUCCGGACGGUGCGUCGUAUGAAACCCGAACCAGGGAAGCCGCCGAUCCGUCUGGGAAACUGUUACGAAUUCUUCAGACUGUUGGAAUUUCUAGCUACCUACUGGGAUGACAGUUCGUUGCCAAACCUGCAGGACGAUGUCGCAAAGGAGGACCAAGACUCCGAGCAGACGGGCACGCCUGAAAGGAUAACUUACCGAACUGUGCCUGGUUCGCAAAUGCCGGCCGAGAUUCGCCACAAUUUGGUGUCCGCCUUUGUGAAGUUAGUCUCCUACGACUUUGGUUGCAACAUUGCGCCACCGAGGGUUGAACCAAGGCUGCACCUAGCCGAACCGCUCUCAACGAAGGCGAAGCCGAAAGGCGGCCUCGCUUCCCGCCGUAUGUCUUAUUUUUCUUCGGGUUGCGUCUUCAUAUGCCGCACCCCUAUCACUCGUGAAGCAGCGCGUGCUGGCAUCGUCGAAGGUCCCAUCGCAGCUGUCUCUGCUCGUAACACUACUAGUUUCUCCAAGCCUCUAGAAUCAAAUAUUGACUUUGGUCGCGAGCUCAUUGCGGCUCUUGUCACUGCCCAGCUUCGCGCUCGCGAGGGUAAGACAGAAAAACGCUUCGGCGAAGGACAGUGGUGGGCUACGGCCAAACGAUGGGGAGGCGGCGAGGGCGGGCCUAUCGGUCGCGAGGUAGAAGGGGAUAUUGUCGUAGGGGAUAAGGACACUUUUGGUGGUCAAAGCAAUGGAGAGGGCAGUGGCUCAGCAGACACCGCGUCCUCGUCUACCGAUAAACCUUCACCACAAGAGCCCGGUUACCCGCGAGGGAUCCCCGUACGUGGAGCGCCCUUGAACAAGAAACCGCGCAAGACUCUCAGUGUAUAUGAUCGUUACCGCAUGGUUCGUCUGCCCUCGUCGAAUUGGGAUAAAAAGGCGCGGUACGAGGCCAUUGGAAAGAUCAGGGGUUCCGGUUACGAUGACGUGUUCGUCGUCAGUAGUCUCUUCCAUCACCUGAGCGUUCUUCGCGUCCGCGUGCCGGAGAGACUUCUGCAUAUUCUCGAUGGCACUUCUGAGGAUACUAUCGAGGAAGACACAGAACGAGAAGGAGACCAAGGAGAGGAUGAUAAGAGAGAGGGGCAUAGCUGGGGUAAGCUAGAGAUUUGGCGGAGCCAUUGGUUCGAUCUGUUCAUUGUCGAGCAGAGGCUCGAAGCCAUGCGCCUUCUCUGGGGCAUGAUGGCGUGGUCUAUGCGGCAGACGGAUCACGAAAACGACGAAAUCAUGGCCAAUGCAUGA